CGCCACUCUCUGCACCAAGAAAUCACCACCCUAAGGCCCCAUUUGAACUCUAAUAAUUCUGAACUCCUGGUUAAGUUGAUUCAUAAAAUGGAGAGCACAAGCUCAAAGAUGGAGGCCAUGAAGCCUGUUCUGCUCAAAGCUGGAAUCCCUCUUGCUGUUACUGUGGCUGGUUUCAUCAUUGCUAGGAUCACACAAAGAAAGGGUUCGUUUUCGCAAGCUUCGUCUUUACAAAGUCACAAAAAUUCUCCAGAAAAUGAACCUGCUGGGACUUGCAGAGAUGAAGGUGGCCUCCCUGGACUUGAUUCAGAAACUUUAUCCUGCCCAGAAUCUGGCAAGAAUACAGGUAAGUUGCAAGAAGAAAUUAUCAGUUCAAAAGGUCAAAUCAAAGAUAGUCAGGGCAGAGAACGAGAGCUGGAAACUCGAUCCGAUUACUAUAAUUUCUUGAAAGAGCAAGAGAACAGGUCUCUGAUGGAGAUAACUAAGAUUGAAAUAUUGGAAAGGGAAAUUUCUGCGUUGCAAGGAGAAAGCCAGAGGUUUGAGAAGAUGGUAGCAGAGUAUCUGAAGAUUAUAGAGUUGCUUGAAUGUUCAAGAUCAGAAAAUGUUUUGCUUCAUAGAAGGGUUAAAAGGCUCCAGAAGAAAACCAAACAUCUUUCUCAUGCUGUUAAUCCAAAAAACCUUCAGCUUAAAGCAAAAGAGGCAGAAAUUUCAAGAAACCAAGCAGAGCUGAGAAACAAGGAUGAUACAAUCAACAAGAUAGAGGAAGACUUUAGACAGGUAAAAAUGGCUCUUGAAAAAUUGCAGCAUGAGAGGGAUGAACUUCUAAGAAAAGCAGAUUCCUAUAAGAACGAUGCAGAAAUGGUGAGUAUGGAUGAUUACAAAGAACUAGUGCACGAGCUCGAGAAACUCCAUGAAAGUAAGGCAGCAGAAGAGAAAGAACUGGUAUACCUAAGGUGGUGCAAUGCCUGCUUGAGGCACGAGCUGACGAGAACGAACCAAGAAGACGAAAACCAGUCGGAGGUGAACAAUAACGGAGAAGACAGUGGAGAAAUUGCAGAUUUUGCAUCGGAUAAUGAACUGAGGAGUUCCUCAGUGGGGCAGCAUGAGUCUUGCUUAGGCUUCCCAAUUGGUGGCCACUCUCAUGAUCAUUCAAAGAGGAAAAAACUGGUUCAAAAAUUCAAGAAAUGGAGUGAGAAGAUGAAGCAUAAAUUGGAUGAGAAAGAGAAGCAUCACACCAACAGCUCUGCAAAUCAUUCAUAUUCUUCCACUGCUGGGGAUUUAAUUCUUCCUGCAAGAAACUCAUUUUCCAGUGCCUAAGAUUUCUGUUUCCUCCAAUUUCUGCAGCAUUUGGGACUAAGAAGAUAGUAAUAAAACUUCUUUAUUUUCAACUAAAUCUGUUUCAUUUAGGAAUUAUGAACUAAAAACACAAUCAACUUUAGACACACAAUAAUUACAUGAAAAAUGCUAAUUUUUUCAAAUACAACUUGACACAAGAUUAAUCAUAAGUAUAUUUGUGUGACAUGAUGAUACUAGAAAACAUUGCUUUACUUUCUUGGAAAAGAAUCUUUCAUCAAGGCAGGAAAGCUAGAAGAUUUUUUGGGGUUAA